GCUGUAUAACAAUAAUUUUAGUAUUUGUCGGCUUCACCGAUUGUCAAUAAGGAUAUUUACGAAUCCAAAUUUAUGUUUAAAGUAAUGGGGUUUCAGAUAUGCAGUCUAUCAGGAAAUUGUAUAAGUCAAUUAUGGUCUGGUAGAAAUAAAAGAUUAUGGAGCGGGGGCGGCGUGCUAUUAUUUUUCUUGAUGUUAACAAGCAUGCAACUGAAUUUUAUAUGGUGGUCUACAUAUCAUCAACAACUACCCAAAUCAAGCCCAAAUAUUACUUUUUCUGCCUUCGGUAUGGAAUUAUCAGUACAAACGACCAAAUCGGUUAAUACUAACAACACGUCCGACAUUUUCUAUAUUAACCAAAAGAUAACACAGUACAACAGAGAACAAAUAAUCCACAAUCAAGAAAAUUUUGAAACCCUACGAACAGAUUCUGUUAUUUUAGUGAUACAAGUACAUAACAGGAUUUCUUACCUGCGUUAUUUAAUUGGUAGUUUGGCUAAAUCUUCGAAUAUUUCUCAAGCUCUCCUGAUAUUUUCUCAUGAUUACUACGAAGAAGAAAUAAAUGACUUGAUCAAGAGCAUUAAUUUUUGUAAAGUUAUGCAAAUAUUUUAUCCUUACUCUAUACAAACUCAUCCCAACGAAUUUCCAGGAAGUGAUCCCAACGAUUGCCCCAGAGACAUAAGUUCAGAGGUAGCCAUUGUCUUGAACUGUAACAACGCUUUGAAUCCCGAUAUAUACGGCCAUUAUCGUGAAGCUAAGUUCACUCAAACUAAACACCAUUGGUGGUGGAAAGCUAAUAGGGUUUUCAAUGAACUCGAAGUGACUAAAAAUCAUGAAGGACUUGUUGUUUUUCUUGAGGAAGACCAUUAUGUUGCCGAAGACUUCAUUCAUGUAUUAAAAUUAAUGGAGAGGAGCAGAAAAGCAAAUUGUGCAAACUGUAACAUACUCUCCUUGGGAACGUAUUCCAGGAUAGUAAAUUAUAAAAAAUACUCAGAUAAGGUUGAAACGUUGCCAUGGAUAAGUAGUAAACACAACAUGGGCUUAGUUCUCAACAAAUCAACAUGGAUGGAUAUUGUGAAAUGUACUGACUAUUUCUGUACUUAUGAUGAUUAUAAUUGGGACUGGUCAUUACAAUAUAUAUCUAAAACAUGCUUGAAAGAGAAACUUUAUGUUAUGGUACCUUUCGCUCCCAGGAUAUUUCACACUGGGGAAUGCGGUCUUCAUCACUCUAAUAACAAUUGUGAGUCCACUAAGGUCUUAUCAAGGAUACAACGCAUUUUAGACUUUGCCAAAAGUUAUAUGUAUCCUAAUAACUUGACAAUAAAACAGAGAAUUGGGAAGAAUACACCAAUAAGAGCGAAUGGAGGUUGGGGCGAUAAAAGGGAUCACAAAUUAUGUAUAAUGAUGACGAGCCAACAGGAAAAUCAUAGUAUGUUUGUACUGAAAUAAUAAAUUAUUAUAUUGUUUGGUUCAAGUCUCAUGAUAUGUAACAUACUUUUAUAUCCUUUGGUAAUUUAUUACGUACAAGUUAACUUACUUUUUAUAAUAUGUAAUUGGAUCAGUUUUUAUUUAUUCCAAAUAUGAUUGUGAUAAUUAACAAGGAAUGGGUUAUUUUAUCAAAAUGUGUGUAUGUUACAGGAAAGUAGAUUGGCCAGUUACCGUGUAAAUUCUACUCUUCCUGGUUAUUUAAGUAAAAGUUGAUUGAAUGCGAGCACUGAUAAAUUUUAAUAAAUAAUUACCUACAA